GCUCGGCAACCCGGUUUCAUACUUCGUUGCAAUUUAGAAUCAUGUCGGCCCGCCGCCAUCGCUCAGCAGUCGCAUGUCAACAUUGCCGUCAGCGAAAAGUACGUUGCAGCUUCACGGUCACUGGCGUACCGUGUAUUGGUUGUACUCAGGACGGUACUGAGUGCGUCAUUCCUCAAGGGAAAGCACAAACACCUCGGAUCCGACAACCUGCACCUCAAAUAAACCAACUUGGCCCAGAGACUAGCCCCCGGGUUGCGGAGGAUUUCCGCAGGUCGAUGCCACCCCGGCCUUCAGGCCCGGUAGAUGCAUUCACAUUAGCGCGGAUUGCCCCUCAAAUAGAACGCCCCAAGUCAGUGGGAGAUGUCGUUGACACGAAUCCCUCGCCUGAUGACAACAGAAGCUUAGAUGAGGAGCGUACCGGGGCGGAGAUCGCAACUACCGCCCUAGGGAGAAAUAGAAGAGCGGGCCAGGCUCCAUUUUACACUGGUGAGUCUCCGGGGUUUGGCAGCGUCCUUGAUCUGUGUUCGCCACCACAACAACCUGUCCAAAGGCAUAUAUUGCUUCAACCCAAGACAUCGAUCCCACUUUCUGCUGAGGAUCGCGAUUACCUUCAGUAUAAAGGAGUCUUUAAUAUGCCUCGGAGUGAUACCUGUGAUGAGCUUCUCCGCGCAUAUUUCCACCAUGUGCAUCCUAUCUUCCCAGUUGUCGAUGCAACCACGUUCCUUAAGACUUAUCCUAGUGGGGAAAGUAAUCAAUGCAAUCUUCUGCUACUAUGGAGCAUGCUCUUUGUUGCGGCAAAUUACAUCUCUGUCGAUACAUGGAAACGGGAGGGUUACUCAUCCCGAAAGGAAAUGAAGGACACUUUGUACUCCCGUGCCAAGUGCAUGUAUCACAACAGCGGUGAGACUGACAACACUGUCCUAUUGCAAUCGGCUCUCCUAUUGGGAUUUUAUCACUCUGAAGUGGAUAUGCAUAUGCAACCGUGGUAUUGGACGGGCACUGCAAUUAGUCUCUGUCAAAUAAUGGGCCUGCACCGCUGCCCUGUUUCUGCCUGGUCGAAUUCUUCAAUCCCCGAAAGCCAGCAGCGUCUGUGGCGUCGUCUUUGGUGGACUUGCUUCUUUCGAGAUCGUUGGCUGAGCCUUACAAUGGGGAGGCCUCUAAGGAUUGACCUGAAUGACUGUGACACGGUAUUGCCAUCUUCCGACGAUAUGUUGAACGAUUUGAUUGGAUUGCCUGAAUCGGUGGCCAAUGUAUAUAUCCCAACCGACUUACCGAGGCUAGCAGAUUGCUGGGUAACGAUGAUCCACUUGAGCAAAUUGUUGGGCGACGUUCUCACCUUAAGCUACCGGCCUUUUGGACCGUAUCCCUCGCUUCAACAAGUGGAAGCAAUCGAAGCAGAGAUCCGACACAUUCAAUUCCCAAACAACUACAGAACAGACCCAAGUCGUUUAGCAACAUUUUAUCUAUAUCACCUGCAGUUACACUACCAAUCUUUACUCAUCACAUUCUAUCGUCCCUUUAUCACCAAGAUACCGGAAGGCUUACCGGCUGUUCAACAGCAAGCAUGGCAAAGCCAAAUACGAAACAAACUAGACGCCGCUGCUUUACAAACCAAUUCGAUCCUCGACAACUUAGCUCGUGAAAAGCUCCUUGAAUUUGCCGGUCCUAUGACGCCCCCACUGCUCGUACCUGCAAUGCACGUACACCUUCUCAACUGCAAAUCAUCAGAUGGUCUUUCGCGUCGGUUGGGACUAAACAAGCUGGAAUUGUGUAUGGUGAUCUUGGAGCAGAUGCAGCACACCCAUCCAUCGUGUUCUGUCUUUCGAGGCAUCUUUUUAGGGGCUAUACGUCAAAUUUUCCCUGAUUAUAUGGCUCGCCCAUCUAUGCCAGAGACCACUCCCGCUGAAUACCAUAUUCCACAAGAUGCUCCCUUCGAUGACCCGGCUCUGGGGAUGGUGAUCAGCGAUGACGUUAUCGGGGCACUUAUGAAUGAAGGGUCUAUCUAUAAUUUCUGGGAGACACUUAAUUGGAUGUAGUUAGCCUUAUUGAAUAUAACCACGAUAUUGCCAGGUA